AUGCAGCCCAACGAUGAACUCUCAUCUCUCUUCGCCCGCAACUUGACGCUUCACCCACAACCUGUCCAGGAAUCGUUGAGGCAGCAAGAGCCGGAACCUAUUAUUUACUCCAUCUCGCAGCACUACACCCACUCGGCCCACGUUAUUUCCCGCGAUGAGCCAGUUGCUGAAUUUCCGCGACCGUCUUCUGAGCCUCCCCAAACACAGCAGCCAGCAGCCGAGUUGAUUCUCAACAACCAUGGCAUCGACCACUCAACAUUAUCAGCAUCGCAGAUGGAGUUGUUCAAGACAGCAGAGGACUCACAGAAGCUGCGCCUAAUUGAACUUUGGCGCAUCUGCCCUCCAACCAACACGCAUGAGAACCUAGCGGUAACUUGGAUGAACACGACAGUGGAGCAGGAAGAGAUGCUUGCUCAACUGCGAUACGAGCGAAAGCUGGCCGAGGAGGAGCAACAACAGAACACCAUGAGUCUCGACGGAACCCCCCUGACGCCGGUUCAAACUCCGGAUGGUCGAUGGAUUGCCACUGCGGACACUGAGCCGUACAUGCUCUCGGGCUACGAAGCCCUGGCUAGACGCGAGUACGCAGAGACUGCGAGGAAAGCAUACGAAGAAAUGUCGAAACCGACCAGCAUGUUUUCGCACUUUGGCUCUGCUGUGGGUGGACCCAUGUAUCGACCUGCAAUGGAUCCCGUCUACAACAACGACUGGGCGCGGCAACAACAGGCGAUGGAGAACCAAUACGGAGCGUUUCAGAUGGGCGGUGAAAUGGAAUUAUAG